AGGAAGAAACUCAUUAUUUCUCUUUUCAAACUCACUCUCCUGUUGGAUGGAUCCAGCCGUUUUAAGAUUUUUUUAGAAGUGUAUUUUUGAACAGUCAUUCUCGUGAGUCGUGAUUAAUUUAAAAAAAAAAAAACAUCCUUCAUAAAAUGAAAGCGAAGUUUAGAUUGCUUGAGCUCAUUUCGGUGAUUUCUGAAGCCAUCAUUCAGAAAGUGAAAGUAAAGUUUAGAUUUCUGGAGCUCACACGGUGAAGAUGGAUUCACCAGCCGAAUAUGAUUAUAGUUGUCCCGUGUGUCGUGAGGUUUUCAGUGCUCCUGUUAUUUUAGAGUGUAGUCACAGUGUCUGUAAAGAGUGUCUUCAGCAGUUCUGGAGAAUCAAGAAAAUUCGGGAGUGUCCUGUCUGCAGGAGACUGUCAAGACAUGAACCUACGUGUAAUCUUGCGUUAAAAAACUUGUGUGAGUCGUUCCUGGAGAGAAAUGAGAACCUUUCCUCAGAAUCCGAGGAGCUCUGCAGUUUGCACGGUGAGAAACUCAAGCUCUUCUGCCUGGAGGACAAACAGCCUGCGUGUUUAGUGUGCUUUACUUCACAGACACACGUUAAUCACACGUUCAGACCCAUCGAUGAAGUGGCUUCAUCACAUAAGGAUGAGCUCAAUACAGCACUGAUAUCCUUACAAGAGAAACUUCAACACAAAGAAAACAUUAAAGGUGAAUUUGAUAGACUAGUUCAACACAUCAAGUCUCAAGCUGAGCACACUGAGCGUCAGAUUAAACAGCAGUUUGAGAAGCUUCAUCAGUUUCUCAGAGAUGAAGAAGAAGCUACAAUCACUGCACUGAGGGAGGAAGAGGAGCAGAAGAAGCAGAUGAUGAAGGAGAAGCUGGAGGAGAUCAACAGACACAUCUCAGCUCUUUCACACACAAUCAAAGACAUGGAGGAGAUGAUGAAAACCAGUGACGUCUGCUUUCUAAAGAAGUUUUCGGUCACAAUGGAAAGAGUCGAUAUAUCACAGCCGGAUCCACAGAUGCCUUCUGGUGCUUUGAUUCAUGUGCCACGUUACUUGGGCAACCUGUCCUUCAGAGUCUGGAAGAAGAUGCAGGACAUUGUCCACAACACUCCUGUGAUUCUGGAUCCAAACACAGCUCAGCCACAUCUCAUCCUGUCUGAUGAUCUGACCAGUCUGAGAUGGAGCUUGAUCAGUCAACCAUUUCCUGAUAAUCCAGAGAGAUUUGAUGAGUAUGCCUGUGUUUUGGGUUCAGAGGGUUUUAACUCAGGAACACACAGCUGGGAUGUGGAGGUUAAAGAGAGUUUGUACUGGAGUCUUGGAGUAACUACAGCAUCAAAUCAAAGGAAGGGACCUAUUUUCUUUAACACUGAGGUCUGGUGGGUGCAGUAUGGACUGGAUGAGCGGUUUGGUUUUUCUGUUAAACAGAGGCUGGACAGGGUGAGACUUGAUCUGGACUAUGACGGAGGAACACUGUCAUUCUCUGAUUCUAUAACUAACACACAUCUACACACAUUCACAACCACCUUCACUGACACUGUCUUUCCAUUCUUCUGGUGUAAUGAUUUGAAAAUUGUACCAGUUAAUUGAAUAGUCUGACAGAAGUAUAAUAGAAGAGUUGUGAUUCCCCAACAAAGGGACCAAACUGUAACAUUAAAUGAGAGGCCCGAGCGGGCUCCAAGAAAUCUGGUCUCCCACAGACAACUAUCAACUUUUAUUCUCCUUUUGGGGUUGGUCAAAAGGUUUGGCAACACGUUCCUCAAAGAGAGUCUAUUGGGGGAAAUCUAACACCAGAUGCUAGUGAUGUCUGAUUCUUGAAAAAAUUGUUCUUUUGAGCAAAUAUGCAGUGAGAAACUGGUUGAACUGAUUUACAAAAUCAAACCUUAGUCCCGAGGAAAUGAUGCAAGGUGCACAGCCACAGCGGCACAUAAGACCUGGAUGAGCUGGUUCAAGUAACUGUCAAAGUUUUCCCAGGCAACGCUAGGAACCAGCAGACCGGUUACUGAAACAAAGAACUGGUUAGAAUCUGUUGAUAUUUUCAGAGGAUUACAGAGGAAUUGCUGUCUGUUGUGUCUAGUAUUGUCAAAAGUAUUGGUACUUCAGUACCAAGUCACUUCUGACAUUUUAAAAGUUCAGUACCCACCAAUAGGCGGAUUCUUUUAAACACCCCUGUGCAGUCAGUAUUUUUGUGAGCACUCUGUGAAAACAAUCCAGUUUUCCUAUUUACGAGUUGUUUGAAGCAUUGAACAUUGUAGCCAAUCAUGGACAUGUCUGUUGAGCGUGUGAACGCAAGUUUUUGUUCUACACACUGGUGUAUCCUUUCAUUAUUUCAUUAAAGUAUAAACACAAUAAAAUGAAUUGCACAGUGAAGGCUUAUUAUAAUAGAACUUUUCGCAAGAGUGCAGAACUUACUUCUGCCCAAAAUUGUAGCGAUUGACAGCUUCAGUGAUUAUAAAGGUAGUGCUCUUUAUAACCUAUUCACAAUUUGAAUAAAAUGUAUUUUUCAUGCUAAGUACACACUGCGAAGUUUCAGGAGAGACAAACGUAUUUAAUUGUGAGAUUGAAUCCAAAACUGCAAUGACUAAAUGUGACAAAACAGGACUUUUUUAGGGCUUUCGCCCUAGCACUUUUGUUGUGUACCUGGAUUUGUUUGGGAUAAUGUGAACACUGUUUUCUGGACUUAGGUGUCCGCCUGCAAACUGUAACCAUGUCCACCAAAAAGGAUGGUCUGGGGUAUGGUUAAUGUGAACUCCGGUACGGAUCACAUCUGAAGUGAACACAAUAAUACUAGGUCAAUGAAAUGAGCUGCUAUUAAUGACGUAUAAACUGUUCAAACUGUAUUUGUGUGUUUACUCACUUGCUUUCCUGAUAAGCCUAAUAGAUGUACUGUGAGCAAAGAUAAUUUAUCUUAUUUUUGGUUUAAGAAAUUUAUUCUCGCAUUCUUUUGAACCCUUUGCAUUACAUUAUGCAUGUGCCGUUCUGUAUUGGCACUUUGGAGACUAAACUUUCAAAAUCCAUAGUACAAAAAUGAAGUGUCCGUUCAUUUUGCCAUCUUCAGCAUAGUUGUUACCUAGCAACAGGGAAAAACAGCUGUUACUCUGAUGUAAUCAGAUCAAUCGAAUCAAUCGAAUUUUGUCCAGGAAAUCAAAACCAAGUGUAAAAUAACCCUAAUUGUAGUGUUUCUUUGUUCUUUAUUAUAUUACUAGCUUUUCUUUGGACUUAUUCUUUUUUUUUUUUUUUUUUUUACUUCAUUUAAAAAUAUUUGAAAGUUACAUGCUGUUUUAGUAGAUUAUUUUAUUUAGUGUAUUAUUUAAUAUAUAUAUAUUUUUAUUUUUUAAUAAAUAAAAUAGUUAAAUAUAGUUUAAGUGAAGUGGUGCAGGUACGGUCACAAAACCUGGAAGAUAAUUUGCCAUGGGUUCCCUCAAGUUUUUCCAAUGUUUUUUUUGUUUUUUGUUUUUUCAAUUCAUGAGUGAAAUAAGGGCUGUGAUAAACGUAGAUUGACAAUGCAUAGACAUUUUGUUCUACAGUGUUAUACAAUAAAUACAAUAUGCAUAAAUUGAAAAACUCCAUUAUAAAACCCCAUAGAAAAAAUCUUUAGGGAACCCAUGGUGAAUUAUUCUUCCAGGUUUUGAUGUCAUCAAUGCACCAUAGUUUUUGCUAUGGUACCAAAAUUGGCACCAAUAAUCUGUAGUGUUAGUGCUGACUACUGAAAUUUUGGUACUGAAUAAAAAAAAAACCCUGCAGAUAUUUGUUUCUGUGCAUUUUAUGGCAUGUUACUAAUACAACUUAUUACUAACAUAUUAAUUUUUCAGUUGCAAUUAUAUUCCUUCAUUAGAAGUAUUUUGAUAAUGAAGAAAUCUAAAAUAAAUUUCAUCAAUUUAUCAAUGACAACAUUGUGCCUGCAUUGUGACCCAGUGUGCUUGCUACAAGCCUGGCUGAGACACAGUUCUUUCUUUUUAUUGGCGUACUAGUACGUACUUAAAUCGUACUAGUCAGUGCAUUACUGCCAUCUACUGAUAACUUGGAUCAGAAACAUUCUCUUUUACUUUCUCUACAUCUGUAUCCCUCCUUUUCCCCUGCCAUAUUAGAACAAAUCCACCGAACAGCA